AUGUGUUUCCAGCUUGCUGUAUGUGCUUCAUGUGUUUUAGGUGAAUGGAAAGAUGAUAAAAGAACUGGCCGAGGAACAUCCAGUUGGACAACUGGUAAUAAAUACGUUGGUGAUUACGAAAAUGACAGGAAACACGGUCAUGGUACAUACAUAUUUGCAAGUGGUAACAAAUACGACGGUGAAUGGAAGGAUGAUAGAAUGAAUGGCCAAGGAACAUUCAGUUGGUCAAAUGGCGAUAAAUACGAGGGUGAAUGGAAAGAUGAUAAAAUGACUGGCCGAGGAAGACUGAAUUGGUCAAAUGGUAACAAAUAUGAGGGUGAAUGGAAAGAUGAUAAAAUGACUGGCCGUGGAACAUUUCUUUGGACAAAUGGUGAUAUAUACGACGGUCAGUGGAAAGAUAGUAAGCAAUAUGGUAAAGGCGUUAUGACAAAUGCAAAUGGCACACGACACGAAGGUUGGUGGAAAGACGGCAUGAGGUGUUAA